CAAAUACACACUUUUUUAAAUUGAAAAAAAGGAAGGCAAAGAGCCGAGCCCCGUAUAGUAUCGCCGAUCAGAAGCUGAGUAAGAAUUUUGGGUGGCAGAGAAGGUUGAUUCGAGGCAAGAGUUGGUCGUAUGUGGUGGAAUGGCCGAAGAGCAUGGAAAUAAGAAUUGAGAAAAGCAGAGGAGAAUAGAGGAGGGUUUGAAGCGGAGCAAAUAUAAUGGAAGGCAAGGCGAAGGUUGUGGUUAUUCUGGGCGCCACGGGAGCUGGCAAGUCUCGUCUUGCCAUUGAUUUAGCACAUCAUUUUCCGGCCGAGAUCGUGAAUGCUGACUCGAUGCAAGUUUAUCAAGGUCUGGAUGUGUUGACCAACAAAGUACCAGACCACGAAAGGAAAGGAGUACCUCAUCAUCUUCUAGGCACAGUUAAUCCAAACGAGGAGUUCACAUCUAAGCACUUCCGUGACAGGGCUAUCCAGAUUAUUGACUCGAUAAUUUCUCGCAAGCGUUUGCCUAUCAUUGUUGGGGGAACAAACUACUACAUACAGGCUCUUGUUAGCAAGUACUUGGUAGAUGAUGUGAUUGAUGCUGGAGACGAGGAUCUCAAAAUAUCUGAAGGACCUUUCGAUAGUUGUGGAUACACAGGAAGGGGUGAUAACCAAAAUAAAGGAUGCAGUCGUGUUGUUUGUAAUGAAAGUAAUCCAUUCGAUCGACUUAAAGUGAUUGAUCCUGUUGCAGCAAAUAGACUUCAUCCUAAUGAUAUCAGAAAGAUAAAUCGGUACCUUGACAUCUAUGAAGAAAAAGGGACUCCUCCGAGUAAAAUUUUCCAGGGAGAGAAAUCUGAGAAUUGGGGUAGAGAAGCUUCUUUUAGAUAUGAUUGCUGCUUCUUGUGGGUGGAUGCUUCAUUGCCUGUACUGGACAAAUAUGUUGAACAAAGAGUAGAUGCUAUGGUUGAGGACGGUUUACUAAAAGAAGUUUCUGGGUUUUAUGAUCCUAAGGCUGAUUAUACACGUGGCUUGCGGCAAGCCAUUGGUGUACGGGAAUUCGAGAGUUUCUUUACUGUUUCCCCACCGGAUAGUAAGUUAGUUGUUUUAGGCAGUGAGGAGCCUACAAAUUGCAGACCAAAUGCAGAUAGUGUGAAUGUUAAUGUUGAAACAAAAACUGUGGCAACUACAGAGAAAACUGGUGACUGUCAUGAAAUAGCAGAAGUAAAUAAGAAUCGCCACAAGAUCCUCUUAGAUGUCGCUAUUAAAAGGAUGAAAGCAAAUACUUGCAGACUUGUCCGCCAACAAAAACGACGGCUCAAUCGGCUGAGGACAUUCUAUGGGUGGAAGUUGCAUCAACUUGAUGUAACAAAAGUUCUAGAAACCACUGGGUCUGAAUCACUUGAGUUUUGGAAAACAAUGGUGGUUGAUACUAGCAUAAAUUUGGUGAAAACCUUUUUAUUUGAAAAUGCAAAUGCCUCAAAAGAAAAAGAAAAAGAUGCUGUCAGAGUUGAUUCUACAUAUACAGAUGAAGUCCGAGAUUUAUGGACACAAUAUGUCUGCGAGUAUUGUGAUCGUGUUCUUCGGGGAGCACACGAAUGGAAGCAACAUAAUCUUGGCCGUGCACAUCGGAGACAAGUUCUUCGACUUAAAAAAAAACUUUCAGAGAAAAAUGUGCAGGCUUGAUAAGUCAAAUGGAGGUCAUGAUGGACUUUCUAUGGGCUUGUGUACUGUUUGCAAAGUGCCGAGAGAUUAUUUAAUGGCUGAUGAUAAAAGAGAAAAUUUCAGAGGAUUUCUCUUUGGUUUGAUUUCUGAUUAUGGCAAAAUUUGAACUAGUUUAGUUAUGCUUAUAUUAGUUCAAGGGAUUCUCAGAGCAAAUAAUGGGAUUGAUGAUAUGUUUAGUCAUGGAACUCGAAUGAUAUAAUUUAAAAAGUGAAGCGCCAUCCAGUGCUUUUGUAGUUGAGGUUAUUAAAUUUGCAAGUUGAUAUAAGACGGCAAAUACAAUUGAAUAUCCAGGGGAAACCUUUUUUUUUUUGCUCUAAUGAAUUUGAAAGUUGCCUUUCAAUUUGACUGUCAAAUUACCUUUUCUAAAAUUCUUAACCUGGUAUGUCAAUUGAAAGCAAUGACUUAAUUAUCCAA